AAUUAUCUUCAUUGGACAGGUGAAAAGACAGUCACAGAAUCACCUGAGUGGCUGAGUUGGAAGCGCAGAUCUUAGGUCAGCUACAUACCCUGUACAGAGAGGAAAAUCUGCCGAGCUGCAGCCAGGCCUGGACAGAAAGAGGACACAUGUCAGGCAGGGUCCUCGCAGACGCUGCCUGAUGGCCAGAGCUGAAUAGCAGUGCCCAGCACAAGCCACCUCCUGGUCUGCUGCUGCACCCUGUCCAGCUCUGGCCAUAUCCGUGGGGGCCAGAGCCUGGAAUGUUACUGACAAAGGCCAGAGAGCAAGGGUUGCACGUGUGCCUGUGUGCAUACAUGCUUGCCGGUGUAGGCACUGUGUGUGUGUGUGGUGUGCAUUCUGUGUGUGCCAUGCCUCGUGCGCCCUCCCCAAGGGUGUGUGAUGUGUGUAUGUGUGUGUUUGUGGUGAGCGUGCCGUCCAUGUGUGCCCUCCCCAAGGCCAUAGGUUCAGGCAAAGACCAGGUCCCUAAACCAAUUCCAUGAACAUCUGCCAGGCCCCGCUGCACCCUCAAGGGCAUCUCUAGCCUCCCCCAGCUCCCUUGGGUGCCUGUAGCCUGGUGUCAGUGAGGCCCCCAGACCCAGACUCGGGGAGACCAGUCCCCGGGCACCCAGUGGCUAAGCAGGAGCCACCAGCCUGUGGGCCUCAGGUCCACUGCCACACCUGGUGCUGGCACGACUGCUGCAGCCUAUUUGAUUACAACAUUUCCUCCCUUGUUUGCAUGCCUCCCCGCCCAGGCCCAGCUGUGAGCUCUGUCCCUGAAGGAAGGCACCUGCCCUCUGAAGCCUUGGGGCCCCCAAAGCUUCUAGGCCACAGUCCCUCAAGGUGCACUGUUCCCAGGCAGGCUGAGGCCAUGACCCCCACCUCGGGACCCUCCCCACACAGUUAUGGGUGAGAGCCAUGCUGGCCAGCCAGCCACUGUCCUUUUGGUUGCAGGGCUGCGCGAUACCCCCCUCAGGCUGCCCCUGGGCCUGCAGUCCACCCUGCUCCACCCCGACUAUAGACAGUGCCUCCCUGGGCUGGGUGGGGGGUGGUGUGCUGCCCCACUGGCACCUCCAUUACUGUCUCACAUCAGCUGGAGACUCCAGGCCCCUCUGUCAAGCAGAUCCAGGGUGACCCCUCCAGAAAAGCUGGGUACCAGGGGUUUGGACACAGGUAGCAAUGUCGCAGGCAGCAGCUGCUUAGAGCCUGCCUGCCCAGGUCACCAUCACCUAGAGGGCCUGUUGGUGCCAUCAGGAUAAGAAGCCCAACAUGAGCACACCUGAGGGGCCCAGGAGAUGGGGGCAACUCCAGGGCCCCAAGGAGGCAGGUGAGCAGGCAAGCGCUUUGCUAAACAAAUCCUGUGCCCCUCCCCACCUGACUCCCCAUAACUGGGGCCCCAUUCAGUCUGCCCACUUGCUACUGGAAGUGCAAGUGCAAGCAGUCUGUCCUGCUGCUGGAAGCUGCCACCUGCCAUGCUGGGCCUGACUUUCCUGGGCCUCGUGGCUGCACUGGGUGUCAGGCUGGGGGCCCCAUUGUGCCUGUCCCAGCAGCUCAGCCUGCCGGGGGACUAUAUUCUGGGUGGGCUUUUCCCUCUGGGCUCGGCCGAGGAUACUGGGCUAGGUGACAGGAUGCAGCCCAAUGCCACCAUGUGCACCAGGUUGUCCGUCCCCGGCCUGCUCUGGGCACUAGCCGUGAUGAUGGCUGUGGAGGAGAUCAACAACGCGUCCACCCUGCUCCCUGGGCUGCAUCUGGGCUAUGACCUCUUCGACACAUGCUCGGAGCCCGUGGUCGCCAUGAAGCCCAGCCUGGUGUUCAUGGCCAAAGCGGGCAGCCGCAGCAUCGGCGCCUACUGUGACUACACGCAGUACCAACCCCGCGUGCUGGCUGUCAUCGGGCCCCACUCAUCCGAGGUUGCCCUGGUCACUGGCAAGUUCUUCAGCUUCUUCCUCAUGCCCCAGGUCAGCUACGGCGCCACCACCGACCGGCUGAGCAACCGCGAGACGUUCCCAUCCUUCUUCCGCACGGUGCCCAGCGACCGCGUGCAGGCAACGGCCAUGGUAGAGCUGCUGCGGGAGCUACGCUGGAACUGGGUGGCCGCCGUGGGCAGUGAUGAUGAGUACGGCCGGCAGGGCCUGAGCCUCUUCUCCAGCCUGGCCAACGCCAAGGGCAUCUGCAUCGCUUAUGAGGGCCUGAUGCCGCUGCCCCGUGCCGGCGGCCCGCGGCUGGGCUCUGUGCAGAGCCUGUUGCACCAGGUGAACCACAGCAGCGUGCAGGUGGUGGUGGUGUUCUCCUCCGCACACGCCACCUACAGCCUCUUCAGCUAUACCAUCCAUUACAAGCUCUCACCCAAGGUAUGGGUGGCCAGCGAGGCCUGGCUGACCUCAAGCCUGGUUAUGAUGCUACCGGGCAUGGAGCGGGUGGGCACGGUGCUUGGCUUCCUGCAUCAGGGUGCCGAGAUGCCCGAGUUCCGGUCCUAUGUGCAGACCCGCCUGGCCCAGGCCGCCGAGCCCGCCUACUGCGCCUCGCUAGAGGCAGGGCGGCUGGGUCUGGAGGAACACGUGGUGAGGCCACGCUGCCCCCAGUGUGACCGCGCCUCCCCGGAGAAUGUGACUGAUGGGCUGCUUUACCACCAAACCUUUGCCGCCUACGCAGCCGUGUAUAGCGUGGCCCACGCGCUUCAUAAAGCGCUGCUCUGCAACUCCUCGGGCUGCCCCACACAGGAGCCAGUGCGGCCCUGGCAGCUCCUGGAGAACAUGUACAACAUGAGUUUCCGUGCAUACAACCGGACCCUGCACUUCGACACCAGCGGGAAUGUGGACCUGGCUUAUGACCUGAAGCUGUGGGUGUGGCGGGACCAGAUGCCCAUGCUGCGCACCGUGGGCAGCUUCAACGGCAGCCUGGAGCUCCAGUUCUCCAACAUGAUCUGGCACACCCCGGGAAACCAAGAGCCCGUGUCCCAGUGCUCGCGGCAGUGCAGGGAGGGCCAGGUGCGCCGCGUGAAGGGCUUCCACUCCUGCUGCUACGACUGUGUGGACUGCAAGGCAGGCAGCUACCAGCGCCACCCAGAUGAUGCCCUCUGCAGCAAGUGUGACCAGGACCAGUGGUCCCCAGACCGGAGUACCCGGUGCUUCCCCCGCAGGCCCAGGUUCCUGGCGUGGGGGGAGCCAGCAGUGCUUGGGCUGCUCCUGCUGCUGGGCAUCGUUCUGGGUCUGGUGCUCCUGGUCCUGGGACUCUUCACCUGGCACCGGGACAGCCCACUAGUUCAGGCCGCAGGGGGGCCCCGAGCCUGCUUUGGCCUGGCCUGCCUGGGCCUGGUCUGCCUCAGCGUCCUCCUGUUCCCUGGCCGGCCCAGCACUGCCAGCUGCAUGGGCCAGCAGCUGCUGCUUCACCUCCCGCUCACCGGCUGCCUGAGCACACUAUUCCUGCAGGCAGCCGAGAUCUUUGUGGGCUCAGAGCUGCCACCCAGCUGGACAGACUGGCUCCACAGCCGCCUGCGGGGGCCCUGGGCCUGGCUGGUAGUGCUGCUUGCCAUGCUGGCAGAGGCAGCGCUCUGUUCCUGGUACCUGGCAGUCUUUCCACCAAUGGUGAUAACAAACUGGCAUGUGCUGCCCACGGAGGCACUGGUGCACUGUCGCGUGAGCUCCUGGAUCAGCUUCGGAGUGGUGCAUGCCACCAACGCCAUGCUGGCCUUCCUCUGCUUCCUGGGCACCUUCCUGGUACAGAGCCGACCUGGCCGCUACAAUGGUGCCCGCGGCCUGACCUUCGCCAUGCUGGCCUACUUCAUCACCUGGGUCUCCUACAUCCCACUCUUUGCCAAUGUACACAUGGUCUCCCACCCACCUGUGCAGAUGGGCACCAUUCUCUUCUGUGUGCUGGGCAUCCUGGCCACCUUCCACCUGCCUAAGUGCUACCUGCUGCUGUGGCGGCCAGACCUCAACACCCCCGAGUUCUUCUUGGGAGGGGGUCCCAGUGAUGCCAGAGGGCAGGGCAGCAGUGGGGUCGGGGAGGAGACUCAGGGGAAAAACAAGUGACCCUUGAGUAGGUGACG